GAAUGGGAAUUCAAAAGGCUGGUGGAAAUGGAAAUGAUAAGGCACGCUGCUCCAAGAAGCUUCGCGGACUUCCUUCUCGUACCAUCAGAAGGUAGCCGCCAAAGUCGACGGGAGGAACUCGAAGAUCAUCUGUGGCAAGUCUAUAUAUGGCGAGCCUCCUCUUCUGCUUGGAGUGCCGGAAAAUGAAGCUCCCUUUCGUGGUUAUCUUUAGCUUGGGGUCACUGUUGGGCAGCCUCGCGCAACAGUGUGGACCGGCGGCAGGGGGGAAGACGUGCCUCGAUGGGCUUUGCUGCAGCAAGUAUGGCUAUUGCGGGAGCACUUUCGCGUACUGUAAUGACUCCGGGUAUCUGUGCGGAUCGCAGGCAGCGGGAGGGGUGUGCCCCACCUGGCAGUGCUGCAGCCAACAUGGGUAUUGUGGAAACACUUCGGACUACUGCGGCUCCGGCUGCCAGAGCCAGUGCGACGGUGGCUCCGGCAGUGGUGACUCCGACGCGCAGUGCGGAUCGCAGGCAGCGGGAGCGUUGUGCCCCGACGGGCAGUGCUGCAGCCAGUACGGCUACUGCGGAACCACGUCGGACUACUGCGGUUCCGGCUGUCAGAGCCAAUGCCCCAACCCCAACCCAUUCGCUGGAUAUCGCGAUCACUGUGUCUCACAAAAAUCCACAACAUGGACACACAAAGAGUUUGCAUCCAUCUCAAUUUCAGUGAUGCUCUGUGGGUGAAACUGCUUGGGUGCAUGGAGCAGACAAGGUUUUAAAUGUGAAAUCGUCUGUGCACGGAUCAUUGUUCAAUUUGCUUUCGUGUAUGCUACGGAGUGUUUGUUUUUUCGUGUACGCUACGAUAAGAUGUAUGGUGAGAAAUCAUGGAAGUGCAUAAAUCUUCGAGAUAUGUUUCAUUGAAGUUUAUUGAUA